AUGGCAACGUGGGGUGCACAUUCAAUGCCGUUAUCUCAUGGGGAAGGCACAGGCACUCCCCAUGUAUCUAUAAAAUCAAGUCUUACGGUUAGAGGUGAUUUAAGGUUUCUCAGAACAAGAGAGUUGUUUAAAUAUGCUCCUCGUGUGGUAGUGCUCAGAGUGUUUUCCACCGCCAGAAAGCCAACACGCUUGGGCUUGUUAAGACCUUAUUGUAGUUUGAGGAGGCAACACUACCAAGGGAAAGAUUAUUCUUCUGCCACCACUACACAAAUACCGCGGAAGCAGAUAUUCAAAUUUGUGGCAGAACGAAUGCUUGUUGUUCUCAAAGAUUGGAAUUGGAAUAAUUUACGCAUUAUGGCAGUAUCUGGCAUAUUGGUAUCCAUGCUAAUGAUCAUUCCAUCAGCUGAUGCUGUUGAUGCUCUUAAAACUUGUACUUGCUUACUGAAGGAUUGCAGGUUAGAACUGGCUAAGUGUCUUUCAAACCCAUCUUGUGCUGCCAAUAUUGCUUGUCUCCAAACUUGCAACAAUCGACCUGAUGAGACUGAAUGCCAAAUUAAAUGUGGGGACCUGUUUGAAAACAGUGUGGUUGAUGAAUUCAAUGAGUGUGCAGUCUCAAGGAAGAAAUGCGUACCUAAGAAAUCUGAUGUGGGAGAAUUUCCUGCUCCAAAUCCUGGUGUCCUUGUUAAUAGCUUCAACAUUGCGGAUUUCAGUGGCAAGUGGUUCAUCACUAGUGGCUUAAAUCCUACCUUUGAUACCUUUGACUGCCAAUUACAUGAAUUUCACACAGAAUCCAACAAGCUUGUGGGUAAUUUGUCAUGGAGGGUACGGACUCCAGAUGCUGGAUUUCUUACUAGGUCCGCUGUGCAGAAAUUUGUGCAAGAUCCUUCCUAUCCUGGAAUCCUCUACAAUCAUGACAACGAGUACCUUCACUAUCAAGAUGACUGGUAUAUUUUGUCAUCAAAGAUUGAGAAUAAACCAGAUGACUACGUAUUUGUAUACUACCGAGGCAGAAACGAUGCAUGGGAUGGUUAUGGAGGUGCUGUUGUGUACACAAGAAGUGCAGUUUUGCCAGAAUCUAUAGUUCCUGAACUUGAAAGAGCAGCUAAGAGUGUGGGAAGAGACUUUAGCAAGUUCAUCAAGACAGAUAACACAUGUGGACCAGAGCCUUCCCUGGUGGAAAGGUUGGAAAAAAAGGUAGAGGAAGGAGAGGAGACCAUUGUGAGGGAAGUUGAACAGCUAGAAGAAGAGGUGGGGAAAGAGGAGGUCACUUUGUUUCAGAAGUUGGCUGAAGGUUUCAAAAUAUUUCAAGAAGAUGAGGAAAAUUUCUUGAAAGGGCUUUCAAAAGAAGAAAUGGAGAUACUUAAUGGGCUCAAAAUGGAAGCCAGUGAAGUAGGAAAGCUCUUUGGAAAUGCCUUGCCCAUAAGGAAACUGAGAUGA